AUGACGCUGCGGGUCAGCGGCUGGAGACGACUCAAGGGUGGCAGCCAACUGCAGAGACCCGGGACUUCGGGGAUGCUGAGCGCUCCUCUGGAGGCUGAGGAGCCAGCAGAGACCGGCGGCCCAGAGGAUGGGAGGGCCGGGACCACCCCCCAGAAGGUGGCCGGACUCUCCAGGGAGGACAGCCAGGCCCAGGAGAUGCUGCGACUGCAGCAGCAGAUCUCCGAGCUCCGGGAGGUGGUCAGGAGGCAGGAGGCUUGGUGGGCUGCAGCUCACCGCCGACUCCAGAACCAGAUAGAUGCUCUGCUGACACAGAACCUGGAGCUGCUGCGGGAUGGACCGAGAGCCUCAGAGCUGCAGCGACUGGAGGCCAAAAAGACUCACACAGCCUUCCUCCCCCCGAGAAGGAAAUCCGACACGCUGGUAUCAGAAUCUAAUUUUGGAAAAACUCCACCUCCGACCGCUGAUGAGGAAAUAGCACCCAAACACGCGGGCCGCCAAAGUCACAGUGCUACUUUCGUAGGACAAAGGCCGUCGUCUCAAAACGUAACUCCCUCCCGGGUGACCCUCAGUGUUUAUAACCUGUGA